AUGAUCACCCGCUACCUCACAUCGGCCACAAUCUCGUUCAACCCGUUCGUGCGCGGCGGCCGGACGGCACGGAUCUUCGCCUCGCUGCUGCCACCGGAUGCGCGCGCUACCGGCGUGAAGGUCACCACCACCGUGCUACCGCGGGACAGCAAAGUCGGUGGAAGGGUUGACGUUGUGUUCAAGGACGGGAAGGAAGUGAAGCUCGAUACCACCAAGAUGACGAUUGCGGACGUGGUCGAGCAGAUGGAUCGCCAUUCGAGAGGACUGGCAAGGCAGGACGAGCUUUCCGGUUAA